ACGCGUGUUGUUAGUGUGUGCGGUUACUAAGGAGAGAGUGUAAGAGUUCUCUGCAACCGCCUCCGCUGAAAAGUCCGCUGCUGGAAGAAGACCUUCCUUAGCAACUGCGGAUAAACAUGAGUUACUACAGUAUAAGACCCUCCAGCUCCACCAGCUUCUCCUCCAAUUCAACAGCAAGUGGUAUUGAAGAGGACAGCGGCAGUCUGAUGCAACAGAAGCUGGAAAACAAGAGAGCUCUGCUGGAGCAGAAGCAGCGGAGGAAGCGUCAGGAACCUCUCAUGGUCCAGCCCAACCCGGAGGCUCGGCCCCGACGCUCCAGGCCACAGCGGAGCGACGAGCAGGCGCUGCUGGUUGAGUCUCAGCUGUGUGUCAGCAGCGAUGUCACCAUGGAUGGGAUUGAUGGCCCAGCAGUCUUCAUGGGCUCAGAAACACCUGAUGAGGGAACAAAAAUUCAAAUCUUAUCUGUGAGCCAGACUCACUCCGAGCUCUCAGCGCAGGCUCCGUCCCAGCCACAGUCUCCUCCUGCCGAGGAACCUGAGAAGGACGGAGACACUGAGACGCUGCUUGAGACAAAGACAGACAUCCAAGAGUUGCUGCAGAAACAAGGUCUGUGUGGCAGCAUGAACUUUGAUGAAACCAGUGAGGGUGAGGAACGGGUGGAGGACGAACAGACACGAUCUCAGUCCCCCAACACAGACGGCACCAGGCCCGCUUCCGCCUCCAAUGGCAAGGAGGAGUUUGUACCGCCUGGAUCGCCGACAGCAGAGGGCGCACUAAAUGAUGUUGCUAAUCUGGAGGAGUUUGUCCUGCGUCCGGCUCCACAAGCUGUCACAGUAAAAUGCCGAAUCACCCGGGACAAGAAGGGAAUGGACCGCGGCCUCUAUCCUACCUACUUCAUGCACAUGGAGAGGGAGGACGGCAAAAGGGUAUUUCUGCUGGCAGGAAGAAAGCGGAAGAAGAGCAAGACGUCCAACUACCUGAUUUCAGUGGACGCCACCGAUCUGUCCCGGGAAGGAGAGAGCUUCAUCGGCAAACUCAGGUCCAACCUCAUGGGGACCAAAUUCACAGUGUAUGACAAUGGCACAAACCCGAGCAAAAACCCCAGAGCUCUGCUGGAGGAGAGCAGCACGCGGCAGGAGCUGGCCGCCAUCUGCUACGAAACCAACGUUCUGGGCUUCAAAGGUCCUCGUAAGAUGACUGUGAUCAUCCCGAGCCUGAACAAAACCUUUGAGAGAAUCCCCGUCCGGCCUCAGAAUGAGCAGGAGAGUCUCCUGAUCCGGUGGCAGAACCACACAGUGGGCGACCUGAUCGAGCUGCACAACAAGGCCCCCGUGUGGAACGACGACACACAGUCGUACGUGUUGAACUUCCACGGGCGCGUUACUCAAGCGUCAGUCAAAAACUUCCAGAUCGUCCACGACAAUGACCCCGACUACAUCGUCAUGCAGUUUGGACGCGUGGCCGAAGACGUCUUCACUCUGGACUACAGCCAUCCCAUGUGUGCCCUGCAGGCCUUCGCAAUCGGCCUGUCGAGCUUCGACAGCAAGCUGGCCUGUGAGUGAGACGCAGCGCAGGAAACGCUGCACACCGCGCUCAGCUUUUCAAGCAUCUGUCCUCAGCAGGAUAUGAAACAAAUAUGAGGAAGAUGUGGCUGCCUUUUGGUAAACAACUUUUUUGUAAAACUCUUGAUCCUCUCGACGCCUAAUCUCCAGUUUUGUGUUUUUUUCCAAUUUUUCCAAGUUGUUCAGAAAUGUGCACACAUGUACGGACUAAAAGGGAAACCAGCACACUGCUCUCAGCUACGCUGCCGCAAAACCAACUCUGACUUUAUAUGACACUUUUUUGUUCUUUUUUGGGGGGGACUCACUAGCAGCACCAUCCUUUGGUCCAUCUGUCCAACACUUUGGACAACCACAGAAGAAGAUAAAACCAGCUGAAGAUUGACAGACAUUUUGUUUCCACCAUUCAGUUGGAUGGAUGUGAGAACAGCAGUUGAACACAGUGCGUUUACAGAAAGUGACUCGAUCCAAACCAAACCGACUCUGCGGCUUCACAUUGUAAGAUGACGUCAAAACAAAAAAUCAAAGUAUCCAUGUGGAAAAUCACACCAUGGCUCAGAACCAGAUCGGAAUCCAAAUACGUUUUUUUUUUUUUUUUUCUCUUUCAGGCAAAAUUCUUUGGACAUAUUUUACCCACCUGAGUCCAAGUUUGGGGCAAGUUUGAGCAACUUGAGUCUUACACAAGUACAGCAAGUUUUGUAUGUCUACAAUUAAAUGAUCUAAUAGUCUUUUGAACUUUAAGAAGUGUUUCACAUUCUAAUGUGGCAGUAACAUUUUUAUUAUUAUUAUUAUUAUUGCCCUUUUCUCUGCAUGUUGAAAAACCAUUUAAUUGAACAGGUUUGUCUAACAUUUUAUGUUGUGACUUAAUUUUGUUGAAGGAUGUUGGAUUCCUACUUUAAUGACUAAAAAAGGAGAGAUAUAUACACUGUACAUACUGUAUAAUAGAAUCAGUUUUUAAAAUUAGUUUUGUCUGUGUUUGUUUGUGGAAUUGUUCAUUUUUUUCUAUUUGAAUAUUUUGUGUGCCGAAUUAAAAAACUUUGUCACUUGUCACAAAAUGCUUAAAUGACAUUUAAACAUUCCAGCUUAUUAACGGAUACAGAAGUCUUAUUUCAUGUCACUUUUUGUGCCUACAAACACUUAAAAAAAGAUGUAUGGAGUUGAACCCGCUUCUGUAAAGUCCACAUUUUAUUAGUCAGUGUCGAAAAUCAGAUUUUUAAAUUCAUAUCAAUAAGGGAUAAAUAUAAUUCUACACAACUGCCUCGUAAGUGUCCCCAAAGUUUUGGUUUGUUCUUUCUGGAGUCAGUAUACUUUUAUCUGUCUUUAUUGUUAUUUGAGUUGUGUAUUUGUUGUUUCUGAACACUAUUAAGUAUUUGGUUCAUUGCAGAUUAAUAAUAUUACCAAUAUUUUGCCAGCAGUGAAAAACACGCUUUAAAGGAUGACUGAAAAUGUGCAAUGGAGCUUUGAAAUAAAAACAUAUAUACAUGUAUUUAUAUAAAAUGUUUUGAAAUUUCUACUCUUUCACAACAAAGGAUUUUGGGAAAAACAACCUUCCAUUCGUCACAUUGUAAAAAUGACAAUCAGACAUAAAUGUUUUUGAACACAAUGAUCAAGCAUGUUUAUUAAUAUACUGAUUAAACUUCAGUAAAACACUGUUUGCUUUGACAGAUGUCAUUUUUACCAACAAUGAAAAAAUAAGUAUUCUAACAGUGUAAAAUAUAACCAAAAUAACCACUUUUUGAA